AUUAUGGUUGCACAGAGGAGAUACGUGUGGAGGCUGCGCUGGGAAGAACUGCCAGAAGCACCAGGAGAUGACAGAAGUUGGUCCACUGGUCAGAACCUCAUCUGCAUCUCCAGGGGAAGCAACACCAGUGCUUCUGCCUUGUCCUCCAGACAACCAGCAGACACCAACAUUCUGCACAGCUCAGCCCAAGGAGCAACUGUUUCCCCAGUUCUCACUGGGAUGACUUUGCACUUUGUGGAGCCAUGAGACUGAAUGUGAAACAGCAAGAGGAGACACAUGCCUUGGCCAGGACAUGGGAAGAAAGUGCCAGGCUGCUAGGCCCCAAAGUUUUCUGUUGUUGUUUUGGUUUUUUUUUUUUUGUGGGUUUGUUUUUUUUUUUAAAAACACAGUAGAGUCGUUCCAAUUGCACUGUGUCUAUGAGAAGAAGCCAUGGAGUUAUGCACGGGGGGCAGAGCACUGGUUUGGGAACCAAGACCUGCUUUUCUUCAUAAGCCUGCCAGAUGACGAAGAAGGCUACAUCCUUUUUCUUGGGAAAAACAUUACUCAUCCUGAAAUGGCACUUUAAGCUGGUGCCCCCAUGAUGUGCGAGGCAGGGCUGAUCACAACGGAGCCUUCUGGCCCCAUGCAGUACUACGGUGAGUCGUCCGACACCUACUAUCACGUGGACCGCUGGCAGAGGCUGCGCACAGCUGUCAGGAAGCUGGAGUUCUGGGAAAACUUCAACACCGAGCUGAUAGGCAGCGGCUUCUUCUCCAAGGUCUACAAGGUGACCCAGGCUGCUACUUGUAAAGUGAUGGUGGUGAAGAUCUACAAGAACGACGUGGACCAAGAGGUGAUUGUGCGUGAGAUCAGCCUGCUGCAGAAGCUGUCCCAUCCCAACAUUGUCAGGUACCUUGGGAUAUGCGUGAAGGAUGACAAGCUGUACCCCAUUCUGGAGUACGUGAAUGGGGGUUGCCUGGAGGAGCUCCUGGCCAGCAAAGACAUUGCUUUGACGUGGAAGGAAAAAGUGGACUUAGCUUCUGACAUCACCAGAGGCAUGAUCUACCUGCACUCCAAGAACAUCUACCACCGAGAUCUCAACUCCAAGAACUGCCUCAUUCGAGUAACGCCACGAGGCCGUGAGGCGCUGGUGACUGACUUCGGGCUGGCCAGGGAGGUGGUGGAGCUGCCUGUGAAGGAUGUGGAGAGGAAGCUGUCUCUGGUGGGCUCUGCUUUCUGGAUGGCUCCUGAGAUGCUGCGGGGAGAGCCCUAUGACCGGAAGGUGGAUGUGUUUUCCUUCGGCAUUGUCCUCUGUGAAAUCCUGGGCAGGAUCCCAGCUGACCCUGAAGUGCUUCCCAGGACUCAGGAUUAUGGCUUGGAUGUUGCUGCCUUCCAAGGGAUGAUCAGUGAAUGCCCCAAGCGGGUGAUGGACCUCGCUGCUGGCUGCUGUCGGGUUGAAGCAUUUAAGAGACCGUCUUUCUCUGAGAUCCUGGAUGAGUUGGACGAUGUCGCAGAGAGCCUGGAGCCUAGGAGGGACAAUCAGCUUUCAGGCUGAGCUGCCUGCUCCCUCUGAGGCUUGGCAGAGAAUCACCCAAGCUGUAAAUUAAGUGUCUGGGGGUUCAGGAGUGAAGAAGGAAGGUGGGGAAGGGAAGAGCUAAGUGAUGUGCUGCUGUUUAUUUAAUCAUAGUCUCAGUCUGUAAUUUCUUGGAUGGAGAACACAGCUGAAAAUGGAGAAGGGUAUAUUUUUCCUAGCUAAGGUUUUUAACAGAUGUAAUUGGGACACCCAGCAGCCUUUGUCUGCUUGUUAAAAGCAAAUGAUGCUGGAGGGAUGGGACCUGAAUUCCCUUGAGGAUGCUUUCCAAAUGCCCGACAGAAACAUCAUUCUCUCCUGCUUCCCCGUGCCCCCCACACCCAGGGCCUUCCCCUUCUCUAUCCCCAUGACCCUGGGGAAUCGCCGCUUGGGGGGCUGGAGUCUGUGCAGUGUGAAGGAGAGGGGUUUUGGGGUGCUUGGUGAGCCUCGGGAUCGCCUUAUAUUUCAAAGCCUUAAAGCACCCGCUCGGCAGCCUUGCAGGAACAGAUCUGCCCUGUACGGUCUCUGGCUGGGUCUCCCAGCAUCGUGCGCAGGGUGCACCCAGGCAUGGAGGCAUCGGGCAAGGUUUUGGAGAGUCAGCCGGGGCCACCCACAGGGUGCUGACCUGCACCAGCCGAGGCGGUGGGGACGGUGUGCCUUACUGAGGUACAGACUAACCGACUAAUAUCUCCUCCCAGAAAAGCUUUGUCACACACAUGUCCCAGAAUCACAGCAGUCUGGAUUUCUCCCCGCCACCCUUGACUGGGGCUCAAAGAUGGAGGGGUCUGCCUCCCCGCUUCUCGUCCUGCUGCAAACACGGUGACAAGCACAAUGCCAACAGCUUGGGAGGCCGAAAUGGGGGAGAACUGGGUCCAGCAUCAUCCAGCAUCUCACCCAUUUCUCUCGCCCAGCACCCAUCACCUCCUUGGCCACGCGAGACACCCUUGCGGGCUCCCGGGCUCAGGCAGCCAGGAAGGGACUUUGUUUUGAUACUGUGUUUUCUUCUGUGGGCCAGAGGAGGGUGCUGGAGCUGCACAUCCAAACCAGAGGUGGAAAGAAUAAUGGCUAGAAGUGGUCUGGCAUUGCAAAUUAAGAGAAAUGGGUGAGCAGUUGAGUCCCUGCCCUCAGGUCAGAUGAGUGCUGGGCCGUUGGUCUGAAAGACAUGUUCUGCUGGGCCCCAAAUGAUUUUGGGUGUAAAUAGGUGUCAUGUCCGUAUAGUGGUGGAGCUGUGGCUCUCUUCCUGUAGACUGUAAGCUCUUGAAGCAAGGAGCAUUCAUCUGUCCACCAAAAGGUAUUUGUACAGUGGGCCUUCAACCUACAGCUUGAAGGCUGUUCUCCCACCCAAUGGUAGAGCUACCUGGGGUCUCAUCUUGAGCUCUUGGAGUCUAUAUAUGACUCAUCUGGUGUCAUAUAUAGCCCAACAUCUCUGUGCCAUGGUGCCUGCACAAGAAAGUGUCAGUGGUGUGCUGGGACAGAGACAUAGUGGAGGAAUAUGAUGCAUUUUCACCAGGGAUCAUAAGGAAUCAGGAGUUGGCAUGAAAUGCACUGAAUGACACUAGAGUCACCAGCUCAGCCACAUCUCCAGGCCGCAUCUGCAGCUCCUCCUUCCCCAAAGGUGCUGUUGUGCUUUUGUGGGAUACUGACUUAUUUGCACAAGAAACCUCCUGCUCAACAGCAAACAGCCCAGCAAAUACCUUCAUCCCAGCUGGAUACUGCCAGCAGGGGGAAGCAAAGCCUUGAGAAGUAGAAGACUGAAAAUAAGGGAAGCUUUUCAAUCUGGAUGAGGCAGAGUGGCCACUUUUUGACUUGCACUGGUUUGAAAUGGACUGCAACAGCAGUGCAAACAGCACUGAUAUAUGUGUUUGUCUUCAGUGAGAGCCAGUUACCACCAGCAUCACAGCAAUAUGUUUGAUGAAAAUCACAGGGUGUAUAUUUGGCUACCAGGAAAAGGACCCAAGGAGCUAACUGCAGCCUCCCAAGGCUUCCCAGGCUCCCCUGGGCUCAUCUUCCAUAGAGGAAUAGGCUUGAGAAUGAGGAGUCCAACAGUAUGUCCUAACACUCAAAGUAUUAGGGAUACAAAGCCUCUACCAAAGACCACUAUGGAUGAAGGAUAGCUGUCUGCCUCGGCUCAGUCCCUGGCUAGAUGCUUUGCUUUCAUAAAGUCUUUCUCCAGCCUUCCCCAUACUGCCUGGUCUGCCAAGCUGCAGUCUGUUCUUCCUCUGCCCCUCCCUCACAAGAGUAGACUAAAGGAAGAUCCCUCAACAUACCAAUCCCUCAAAUAGCCUGUUAUGGGGUGAAGGUGUCUUGUUCCAGGGGCACUUCCUUACAGGGCUGUUCCACUGCUGGCAUCCCCUUCCCAGGACCAGCAAGGCUUGGUGCUGGCGGUGCCCUACCACAAACUGGGCUGAUCCUUCCUCCAGCUGUACAUCUGACUCUGGUCCUGCUGAGAAACAACCGUGGAGCUGGGACACAGUAGAGAAGGCAUGUGGAGUUGUGUAAACCUUGAUGAUGCUGCGGUAUGUAGGAAGAUCUUUUGGGUUUAUUUAUCUGCGUGGGGGUAAGAAACCUGCUCAAGGAUUAAAUGGAUCCGGGGUGGAGGGAUAUUUUCUGCACAGAGGAUAGCCAGCAUGGUCUGAGCUGCGAUGGAUCAGAACUGUGUUUCUUCUGGACUUGCCAUGUGCCCCAUCCAUUGUCAUGGUGAGUCCAUAUGCUGGCUCUCAGGCAACCAAAGGAUAUUGGGUCCCUGCUAGAAGGGCCUUUGGUGCCUGCUGCAGGGGCAGGUGGGACCAAGACUGUCUGCAGGCACCAUGUGGACUAGAAAAGCCAAUGUUGGGAAUCUGCAGAGAACAGAGGUAGUCUGGGAAUUUGGUGCACCUCGUGGACCAAGAGUAUCUCUUCACUGGUCAGAGCUGGAGGGAGAGGUGAGCAUGACUGCUGAGAUGCCCUCUGGGUAUGAGGCCCUGUGCUGGGAGUGCAGGGCCUGGCUUUUUCACGCCAGUCUGACACAAAGUCCAGGUCAGUGGUUGAAUUUCAUGUCCUGGCACUGAACCAAAGCAACUGCAAUGGUGGGUGGAGGGUCUGGGCAGUGCAGCAGGCUCGCCCUUGGUGGACCUGACCAGCAGCUGCCUUCUCUGCCUCUCCUCCCUCUGUUGGCCACUUGCUCCACCCGUGCUGACGGCGUGGACCCGGCUGUGCUGCACCUCACGGGCCUUGCAUUCCCACAUCCUCCAUUGUGUCUUUGUUUGUUUUUAUAAAUGCCAUUUGGGAAUAAAGUCUAGUGGCUCUUUUCCACAUCA